GUCGCCGACAAAUCUGGAUCUCGUCCCCGUUUCCAGUUGGCUGCAGACGUUGUGGAAGCCGGCACGCCCACAUAUACCUCCCGGCUGACAAUGGACUCUCCCUUUGGCCGCGUAAUGCAAGGUGAAACCAUCCCGAUCAUGACGGUUGCAAUCUACCUUUUGGCGGUCUUCUACAUGAACCGCAGAAACCGAGGUCGCUCGCACAAGCCCUGGAUCUCUACAACCGGGGGGUGGGCCGGGACUAUGAUUGUUGCCUACAACUCCGCCCUAAGUGCCUUCUCCGCUUGGAUCUUCCUUUCCUCUUUCCGGGUCCUGCAACGGCGCUGGCCCUCCAGCAACGACCCCGACUAUGCCUCGCGCGCCGUGGACAUCCUCUGCAAUGUUGACGGGGGGCAUUCCAACGGGUUCCAGCCGAGCCGUGACCAUCCCGGCCGCAGCAACAGCAUCGCCUACUACACCUGGCUGUUCUACCUCUCGAAAUAUGUCGAACUCGUCGACCACGUGAUCACGCUGACCAAGGGCAAGGAGGUCUCCUUCGCGCAUGUCUUCCAUCACUCCGGGGCGAUCCUGGCUCUCUGGGUCGCCGUCCGAUGCGCGGAGGUCGGCCGGUUGGGGGUGGCCUCCCUCGCCGGGAUGAUGGCCAACACCGCGUUUCACACCGUCAUAUAUUCGUAUUACGCUAUUACAUCCCUCCGCGUGCGUGUUCCCCGCGUGAUGAAACGCACCCUGAUCGCCCUGCAGAUCGCCCAGUUCAUCCUGACCCUGGUGGUCACCACGGGGAGCUUUCUGACCAAAUACAUGGCCCCCAUGCCCGCGGGCCUAGAUUACCCUCCCCCGGGGCAGUUCGCCUUCGCGGCCGCGGAGGAGGUUGGCAGAUUCCACCUUCCCGGACAGAAUGGGUCGGGAACCGGACUCAUGAUCCCGGUCCCCUGCUUGCAGACGACGACCGAAGCAUUCACCAGUUUCCUCGGGGCGGUCUAUGUCAUGGCUCUUCUCUUGGUCAUCUAGAGAGAGAGAUUUGUUUGUGGUUUGUGGUUGUGAUUAGGCCUGUCAAAAUCAAGUUUGAGAUGUCGCUGCGAUUUUCGGGUCCUAGGCUUGAAGCGCGGCUUCCGGGACCAGAAUUCAAGCAUUGUUCAUGGCGAAGCGAAGAAGUUAUUAAGAUAGUGCUUCCUCAAGAUCUACCGAUUACGACAACAUCCUUCUUCUUCAAGUUGCAGACGUCACGGGGAAGGGGGCUGAAAGAUACUAUCACUAGAGGUUAGGGCUCAGACCAUCUACAGAGUGUACAGUAC